AUGCCAGCAGAAGCCGUGGCCCACGCCUCGGACGUCAAGAACAUCUCAUCCUAUCUGCAGGUUCGGAAGAGCCUAGUGGACAUGACCCAGUGCCGGCCCUCCCUUCGAAGAGAUGCUAAAGUCAUUCGUUUCUGCUGCCCACAACACAGAGAUCGAUGCACAUCGAACGAACCACAGAAGUCACGUGGGCAGCGGGAGCCUCUGGAGGUUGAGCAACUGGUGGAUCUGUUCAGAAGAUUAGUUUGCCGUGGGUUUGCAUGGGCUGCGGUAUUAACUUUACUUCAACUGCAGUGCGGUGAAAGGGCCGACUGUGCAAGACAAUGUCGUGCCUCGUGGCUCCGGGGCAUCGUGCCGGGAAGCUCCACCACGCCGACCAUCCGAAUUCCUCGCAUCAACGGCAAGACCAAGGCUCGCGAGAUACCCCUCCUGCCACAGUUUGCCUCUCUGCUCUAUCACUGGAUGUACAAGUCACCACUCUGCAAAGACAGCACUACAUCAUGCAGCUGCUGGCCGUUCCCAAAUCAGAAAGUGAUCAACACAGCCCUCCUCUUUCCAGGACUAAGCAAGCAAGCCGGACAUGGUCAGUGGUGGAAGAGACACUGGUCGAAAGCAGUCAGCGAGCGAGCCUAUCUGGCAUCGUUGAAGACUGUCGCAGCCGGCCUGAAACGUGAGAACCGGGACAAGAAUCACACGUGGACAGACUUCGACAUUGACAAGCUCGGGACGAUUCAGCACGUGUACGAUACCCCAACUACCAAGAGGAAGAGAUCUGCGGUUCACCAGGCCUUCUCCCCCAUCGUCAACGCCAUCGGCAGCGAGGAGCCAAAGAAGAAGACGAAGAAGAAUG